AUGGACGAUAACACAUCAGACUUCACAGCAAAUUCCAACACAACUAGAAACUACAGCGUCAAUGGACGAGUCAUGUUAACUUCUGUUAUUGUCUGUUUCACAUUUUGUCUCAUCUUCCUCAUCUUCUACCUUUAUUAUCAGAGCCAUGUUCGUCACGAAUAUUCUACCGGCCACCGGCUCUCCCGGUCGCUUAAACCAGAAGGGCUGUCACCUUUUGUCAUUAAAUCACUGCCUAUUUUUUUAUAUUCCUCAAAAACUCAUGAUCAAGCGUUGGAAUGCGCUGUGUGCUUGGCCGAGUUUGAAGAACAUCAGUCGGGUCGGGUCCUGCCCGGAUGUAACCAUGUGUUUCAUGUCCAAUGUAUUGAUACGUGGUUUGCUUCUCACCCGGAUUGCCCGCUUUGUAGGACAAGAGUUGAUGGGUAUGACCCGGUUACCCGACCCGGGAAUAUGCCGGUGACUAUCGGGUCGAGUUCUGCUGGUGAGUCAUGUUCGGUGCCGGAGGUUGAUUUGAAUAGAGCAGGUGUUCAUUUGCUUGAGAAUCAUUCUGAACCUAUGGGAACUGGUAUAGAAGCUGCAGAGUAUGCAGCAGAAUUGCAGAGGAUUGUGCGAUAUUUGGGAAUAAGUAAUGGGAAUAUGCAAAAAGGAUCACUGCAUUGUGAUGUCAAUGUGUCUGUUCCACCAGAGAGCAGAUAG